AGAAGGAAGACCCAAACCAACAACACUACGAGAACCAGAAGCGUCUGCAAACGAUAUCCGGAGGUACCCAAUUUCUUUAUCUGCUUUCAUGUUCUCAACUUGAAUACAUGUCUUGUAUCGCUUGUUGAAUACUGUGUUUUUCUCACUGCUUCGUUUCUCUAUGUGACCAAGUGUUCAACUUUUGCUACUCUAAAAUCUUAAUUUGGCUGAAUCUUCCAAUUAAUUCUCUUCCGAUGAAAUGAUCAAAUGUCAACAAUUUGCUCCUUAGUCUCUGCUGUUGCGAAUGCCAAAUGUGUUUGAUUGAAGAUUGAUCUCGCUCAGAGAUGUACCUAAAUGAGUUACGUUUUAUCUACGGUGAUAUCAUUAGAAGAGUGUCUGGCUGCAGUGAUAUAGCGUAGUCAGAUGCAAUUUUUGGUAAUUCAUGAUCUUCUGCUUCUUGCUUCCUGCCUUGCCAAGAAGCAACGAUUUUUUUGAGCGCAUUGCAUUUUGGAAUGCCGAUUUACAUUCGUUGCAAACUUGACUUGCAUACUUGCAGCUGUUUAAUUUCUUAUGGUCAUGUUUUGCAGCUGUUUAAUUUUCGUAUUCUAAAUGUAAUUAUUUGGUAAUAAUUGUGGAUUGGUCUUCAUUUAUCAGUUGACCCUGAAAAUUGUUAUCCCGGUUUUGCAGUGAUGAAUCUCAAAUUUUCAUUCUUUGAGUCUGAAAUUGAUAUUUCUGAAUGUUACAUUAGUGCAAUCUACUAGAGUAUGAGUUUAUUUUAUGAUCUCAUGGUAUUUUUUGUCCAGUUUUCCAGUUUACUAAUUAUAUCAUGCCAAAGUAACUGAAUGUGUUAGUUGCAAAAUCAAAUUCUAGCUAUCAGAUACUGUUUCUUGUAGCUGUGUAUCAAGCAUAUCCAUUAUGCCAGCUAUCUAUCUCUCUUUCAAAUGUGGUCAGUCACUGUCUGUUCUCAUAGAUUCGCUAUGAAGACUCAGUGUCUCCAACUCAACCUUUUCAGUUACUAGAUGAUACACAACCUUUGAGACGGACAAAACAAAAUUUAGUGGGGCUUUGUUCAAUUUACAGUGAUGGGGCCGGUGGGAGGGAAUAAAAAGAAAAGGAAAAUAGAGAAGAAGGCUGAAGAAAACGCUUUGAUCAUGGGGUCUUCGGAGGAGGGCUGUACAAAGUGGUGGGGUGUUUUGACAAAGACAAUUGCUGGUAGUCCAUCGUCUUCACUGAUAUUAGACAGCUUCAAAUCUACUUUCAAGGUGUCUAGAAUAACUUUCGACUAUAUAUGUUGCCUAGUAAAAGAGCGUAUGAUGGCCAAGACACAUUUUUCAUUCGCAAAUGGCAAGCCAAUGACGUUAAACGACCAGGUAGCCUUAGCACUAGUAAGACUUGGGUCUGGCAACUCGUUGAUUUCAAUUGGGGAGUCAUUCGGGGCACACCACUCGACUGUCUCACAGUUGACAUGGCGCUUCGUGGAGGCCAUUGAAGAAAAGGGUCUUCACCACCUCCAGUGGCCUUCAACAGAAUUGGAAAUGACACAAAUAAAACAGAAGUUUGAGAAAAUCCGAGGCCUUCCGAAUUGCUGUGGUGCCAUUGACACUACUCAUAUAACCAUGCUAUUGACCUCAUCUGAUCAGGAAGCUGAUACUUGGCUCGAUCACAAGCAGAACCACAGCAUGAUCCUGCAAGCAAUCGUGGACCCUGAUCUGAGGUUCCGUAACAUAGUCACCGGGUGGCCGGGGAAGAUGAGCGACUCCUCCGUGCUCCAGAGCUCGAGUUUCUUCAAACAAUGCCAGAAAGGGGAGAAGCUGAACGGGAAGACGACCCAUUUAUCAGAAAAAACAGAGUUAACAGAAUACAUUAUUGGCGAUUAUGGGUUUCCAUUGCUGCCUUGGCUUGUUACUCCAUAUCAAGGGAAAGAACUCUCAAAAGCUGAAGCAGAUUUCAAUAAGAGGCUCCUCGCAACUCAAUCUGUUGCAGAUAGGGCGUUGGCGAGGUUGAAGGGGGUGUGGCGGAUAAUUCAUGGCGAAAUGUGGAGACCGGACCGGCAUAAGCUGCCUCGGUUUAUCCUAGUAUGCUGCAUUCUCCACAAUAUCAUCAUAGACAUGGAGGACGGCAUCUCUGAUGACUUGCCGUCGUCUCUCGUCCAUGAUCAAGGAUACAGGCAAGAGAUUUGUGAACCUGUCAACAGAGCAGGAUCAAUUUUGAGGGACAGACUGUCUAUGUAUUUUUCUGGUAGAUGAGUGAAGCACAAUCUUGCUUGUGCUUAUAGGCAAACUUGUUUUCCUUCAAGUCCAAUAUACUAAUAGGUAGAAGGUGUUGGGUUGGGUGGGUCCCGGGGGUUAUUUUUAGAGAUUCAGUAUUAGUAUAUUUUUU